AUGGACACGCCGUCGGUAAACUUUGCUGCCCUCAGAAAGACCGAUCUUGAGCGCGUCCACCUCGGUGGAUCGUCAAAAAUCUUCCGAAUUCGAAAUACCAAUAUUGUCGCCAAGAUAUCGCCGACAACGUUCCCUUCUCAAUAUCGCUGGCGUGAGUGGGAGAAGGAGAUGUAUGAUCGUAUUGGCACACAUCCUCACAUUCUCCGAUACCUUGGCCAGAGCCCGCCUAGUUGCCGGCCGCUAAACCGUGCCCUUUUAUUUGAAUACCAUCCCAAGGGGAAUGCAGCUAGCUGUAUCGAUGAAAUCCUCAGCUUACCCCCACGUCAGCGCCGGCGGCAGCAAUACCAGGCAGCAAGUGCUCUGGCCUACAUUCACUCUCUCGACAUUGUGCAUGGCGACGUCGCCCUGAAUAGCUUCCUCCUUCGCGAGAAUGGUGACAUCGUGCUCUGUGGUUUCUCCAGAUCCUGCCUCUUUGAUGGCCGCGGCAACUUCUCUUCCGCUUGCGGGCCGAGUUUCCCCGCCUUUGGAGACGUCCCAAGCAAGCAGGGCGAUGUACGCGGUCUGGGGAUAGUCCUCCGGCAGCUUGGUUAUGAAGAGCUGCCUUCCGAAGUGUUGGAUGCUCUAGAUAUGGAUCUCCGUGUGCUUCAGGAGUGUUGGGAUGAGUAUGGGUAUACGGCUGCCAAAGUGGCGAAGGACCUCGUUUCAUCCUCUUAG